AUGGAGUCAAAUUUGGAGACAAAAGGAAAUAGCUUUAGGAGAAGAAAGUAUAAAAAGAAUGGAGUCAAGUUUGGAGACAAAAAGGAACGAUUAGCGGGCAAGCAGGGAGGCAACGAAUCCUUUGGUGCUGAUUAUCCACCCCUCCACAAGAUUGCAAUAAAGAUAUCUUAUGGUGCUGAGUAUCCAUCCCUCCAGAAGAUUGCAGUAAAGAUAUUAAGUCAAACAAAUACAUCAUCUGGAUCAAAGAGGAAUUGGAGUGUGUUUGAAAGAAUCCACACCAAACUACGCAAUCGUUUACUUUCAUCGAGAAUAAAUGAUCUGGUGUAUGUCCAGUACAAUUUGAAGUUGGAGCAACAAAGAAUUAAAGGUAAAGCAAGGCGACAUAACAUUGAUGUUCACGACGUUCAUAGUCUACCGAGGGAUGACAAUAUGCUUGACUGGAUAGCGGGGGAAGACAAAACACCAGUUUUACCUCAAGAAGAACAAUUGUUAAAUAUGCUGGAAGAGGAAGCCGUUAAUAAUCCAAAGCAUGUCCCUCUACCAUACAACUGGCAUGAUCCCGAAGUUCAAAUCUCAUACGAAAGGUUACCGGUGAGUGACUUUGUUUAUGACUUUGGUUGCACUUCCGAUCGCUCUGACCAUGGUGUUCAACAUAUGAACGAAGGAUAUAAUUCUAAUAUUGAUAACAAUAAUGAAGUGGGUAACAAUGAUGAUGAAGGGGGUUAUGAUGACGAUAAUGAAGUCUAUUAUGAUGACGAUACUUAUGCGAACGAAGAUAGCCAGUAUCCCCACGACGAUGACUAUGAUGAAGAAAGGAACCGCCGAAAAAAUGAAAAAUACAUGAAUAAAUCAAAAAAAGGUGGUGGUCGUAGUUGGUCCGCAUAG